AAGCCAAGAUACCAUAUGCUUUUCUUCACUACAAAGCCACAUGCCUGUGAUCCAUCAAGUCUACCAAAAUAUCCCCCGAGCAAGGAAUAUGAUGCUAAGCUGCGAGAUGAGGAAAUCAGGAGGAAAAGGAUGAUUGCAUUGAAAGGACAAAAUAAUGAAACUAGACGAAGGAAACAACCUCAGUCUGGAAAUGGAGAUUUACAGCAACGACGGGCACAGGCAAAUAGAAAAGGCACUCGGAUGGAUGACGGCAUUCGUGGCUUUAGAAUUGAUCCUCCAGCAAGAGUCGGCGAAAAUGGCAUUGCUCAGCGUGUUCCUCUGUUGCAUGCUGGCCGUUCAUCGUCUACUCUGGGCCGAUCGAAUGAGACUGAUGAAAAGACCCAAAGAUUUUACACAUCUCAGAUGCCGAACUUGUCUUGUGCUGCUGAGCCACGAGGCGGUGCUACUCGGUCAUCUAACCAUGGGGAUGGUGCCAAGAGGCCACAUUUGAGAGAGCAUCCAUCUAGGUCAAGGUACAGGCAAUUAACUGCUGUUGAUUCCUCCGGUAGAUCUGAAUGGACACACCAGUUUCAAGAAAGACCGUCAUCUUCCCAUCGGAAGGAAGGUGGGGCGGCUAACAAGGAGCAUACUGUGGUCAUGAGAGCGAACGUGGAGGCAUGUAUGGCGUAUCAUCAGGUGAAUGGCAGUAAGAAGAACAGGAUCCACUACUCUGGGCCGUUGAUGCCUCACGGAGGUAACAUGGAGGAGAUUCUCAAAGAACACGAGCGUCAAAUCCAGCAGGCGGUACGAAGGGCGCGCAUGGACAACCAGGCAAGAGGCACGCAGGCGUUACGGACGGAUCGCUGAUUGAUCUAGUUAUGCAAGGGAGCUGAGCUGCCUCUGGUCCAUCCCUGAAUUCCUGAUGAUGGACAGAGAUUUUUGGUUGGCUACUAUAUAUAUAUUGUUGGCAUGCAUUGAAUUGUUCAUUUUUUGUGUUGCCCGUCCGUCUUCACUUGUUACUUGGGCAACACCAACCAACAAAAGAGCGGAAGAAGAGAUCGACAGCGUUGCUGGCUGUACAGAUAGAUGAUGUAAUUGUAACCACACGCACGAAACAGAUAUAUAUGUAGAGAUAUAACUGGAAUGGAAAGGAAAGGAAUGAUAUAUACACUCUGUCGGAUGGAAGUUGUUUUUUUUGUUC